CUUUUUUUGUCAAUAUUUCUGCCGCGAUAGCUUCAGAACAAAUAGUUGCACUGACAUGAGAUUUCGUGAUUGCAUUACAAAUGGAUAAAGGAAGGUCGCAUAUGGUUCAUUUGAUAGAUUACGUUUUUCCUUUUGCAAAAAUAUUUUUUUCUUAUCGGAGAAAAACAAUUUUUCAGAUAUUGUUCAUACUGAACAUAGAGAAGUUGUAGAACAAGCCACAAAAAAAAGCUUUCUAUUUCAAACGGUCUCUGAGUCGUCGAGGUAAUUGGAUAUUACCCGCCUCCAGCGAGUGAUAAGUGACUAGUUAUAAGAC